AUGCUAUUCUCCUUCAUGGCUUUUACACACGGCGAUUUGGUGAAAGGAAAGGAAUUGGUUACUGAAAUGAUGAACAAAGGUAUACCUCGUCCUGAUAUUAUGUUCUUCCAUUCAAUCAUGCAGAACCUAUGCACAGAAGGAAGGGUAGUAGAAGCACGGGAUAUCCUUGGCUUGAUAGCACACAUAGGUAUGAGGCCUAAUGUUUGCACAUUUAAUAUACUGAUUGGUGGAUACUGCCUAGUCCGCAAGAUGGAGGAUGCCUCAAAAAUAUUUCAUGAUAUGAUGCCAUAUGGUUUAGAACCUUCUAAUAUUACGUAUGGUAUACUUAUUAAUGGCUAUUGCAAAAACUUAAGGAUUGACGAUGGGCUGAUUCUGUUCAAAGAAAUGUUGCGCAAGGGACUUAAACCUACAACUUUAAAUUAUAACAUUAUACUGGAUGGCUUAUUUCUGGCUGGACGAACUGCUGCUGCAAAAGAGAAGUUUGAUGAGAUGGUUGAAUCUGGAGCAGAUGUGUGCAUUGAUACAUACUGUAUAGUUCUUGGUGGACUUUGUAGAAAUAAUUGCUACAGCGAAGCAAUCAUGCUGUUCCAGAAAUUAAGCGCAAUGAAUGUGAAAUUUGAUAUUACAGUUGUCAAUAUCAUUAUUGGUGCAUUCUACAGGGUCCAGAGAAACCAAGAGGCUAAGGAUUUGUUUGUUGCUAUACCAGCCAAUGGCUUGGUUCCUAAUUCUGUUACCUACACCAUAAUGAUGAGAAAUCUUAUAAAAGAAGGUUCAGUAGAAGAAGCUGACAAUCUUUUUUUAUCGAUGGAGAAUAGCGGCUGUACUGCCAACUCUAAUAUGUUAAAUCUUAUCGUCAGAAUGUUACUGGAAAAAGGAGAGAUAGUCAAGGCUGGGAAUUAUAUGUCUAAAGUUGAUGCAAAGAGCUACUCACUUGAAGCUAAAACUGUUUCGCUGCUGAUCUCUCUCUUUUCAGGGAAAGGGAAAUAUAGAGAACACAUAGGAUUGCUCCCUACAAAGUAUCAGUUUCGUGAAGAAGCAGCCACGGUUGUGUAG